GGGCCCAAGACGUGCAACGGUCAUGUCUAUGUGGGUAUGUGGUAGCGGCUGGUAGCACUGAUGGAUGAAUUGGACUUCGAACUACUCCAUGCAAAGGUUUUAGGGGCAGAGAGUCGCCGGGAGAUGUUGCAAGGCAGAACGGGUCUGCCUCCCGUUGGCUGGUCUCCAGCCCGAGCUUCAGCACGAAUGCUUGGUGAUCAUGCAGCUAUGCCCGGCAGUAGCGCAGGAACUGCAACAGGACAUGAUCGCUUUGGACAGUGUAAUGGGAGGUUCGCCUUUGUGCUCGACCGGCUCGAAGCGCGGGUGCUGCGUGCAGGUCCCCCACCAAAGAAGGGCCCAAAGCAACCAACGCCAACGCUGCACCUAUAUGAUCUCGAGGAGCCAGUGGAGCUGCCUGAAGAACCUGAACCAACUGAUGGACCUUCUGUUCCUUUUCGUCUCACCGAAGCCAAGCUGGGACACGAGCAGACCGGUGACCAACCAUACUUCGGACGGAUCAACAUGAAGGUCACCAGUGUGACAACUAGCACCGUGGCCUUGUUCUUCUAGUCACAAUGAAGACAGCCGGGCUUGAAUAAAGUGUCUUUGUAGUUGCGCCCUGAAAUCCAACGUGCGAUACUGUGAUGUUGCGUUCUACCAGGGUAUAUUGGAUCAGGUAUUUGGAAAGCACUCUUCCGACCGACAGAAGACUCCUCAGCUUUGGAUGGUUUUCACCAAAUAGAGCUUCUUCCGAAAGGAGCGCAAAAAA